AUGGCUCGAUCAGGCUUGGCCGUUCUCCUGGCUUGUGCCGUCCUCAUCCUGGCCGCGGCCAAUGCCGCCCCUUGGAAGCCCAAGAAGGUGAAGUGCCACGACAGGAAGGAAUAUCCCACCUGCAUCCAUCACCAGUACUGCCCGGCGAUGUGCCCUAGGUCUUGCUACAUGGACUGCCAGCUUUGCCGUCCGGUUUGCAGUUGUGACAAGGGUGGUUCGGUGUGCCAAGACCCCCGCUUCGUCGGCGGCGACGGCAUCACCUUCUACUUCCACGGCCGGAAGGAUCGCGACUUCUGCCUGCUCUCCGACUCCAACCUCCACAUCAAUGCCCACUUCAUCGGGAAGCGAGGCCCCAACAUGACCCGAGACUUCACCUGGGUCCAAUCCAUCGCCGUGCUCUUUGACGAUCACCGUCUGUACGUCGGUGCCCAGAAGACCGCAACAUGGGAUGAUGCUGUUGACCGCAUCGCCAUCACCUUUGACGACGAACCCAUCUCCCUCCCGACCGAGGAGGGUGCGAGGUGGCAGUCCUCUGUCGUGUCCAUCGUUCGAUCAAGCGGCACAAACGCGGUCACGGUGGAGGUGGAAGGAAUGUUUAAGAUCACCGCCAACGUGGUCCCGAUCACGGAGGAAGAGUCUCGGGUGCACCGAUAUGGUGUGACGGCCGAUGACUGCUUUGCUCACCUCGAUUUAGGAUUCAAGUUUUAUUCUCUGACCAACAACGUGCAUGGGGUCUUGGGGCAGACAUACAGAGAGGGAUACGUUAGCAGGGUGAAGAUAUCAUCCAACAUGCCGAUCAUGGGAGGCGAGGACAAGUUCUCCACAUCUCAUCUCCAUGCCGCUGAUUGCAAGGUCGCACGCUUCGGGCGUGGGGAUGCAGGCAUCGCAUUGGUUACGGACCCAGCUGAUGUCAAGUGUUCGAGCGGCAUCACCGGCCGUGGAAUCGUCUGCAAGAAAUAAGGGCCAUGGUCGUCCAUACGAUAAUUAUAUAAAGUCAUCGUGCAUCCAUAGUAUGAUUUACACAACAAUUAAUAAGGAUCUUGUUGUAAGCUUGGUAAUUAUGAGCUCACGCUUUUAGUUAUUAAU